AUGCCUACAGGGACUUGUGUCAUUUGGAAGGUCAAUAUCAAUUUGGACGACCUACACUUACUCCAUACGAUCGGAGGCGAAUCCGUGGAGUUGAAGCCGUCAACCAAACUGUCCACAAUGUUCACGGAUGGAGUACAGGUCAGAUGUGUCCAUGUUGUCGUACAGCGUCCUGCUGUUGCACGACUCUUUCCAAUUGUUGAACAAUGUCUCGCGUAUCUCAAGAAGGGUGCAGGUGCUCCGUCAACUGGUGCAAAAGCGGCCGCAUUCUCUCUAACGCAGAACAACCAAGAGUACCCUUGCAAUCGUCCUCGCAGAGCUGUGGACCCUGUUCCGGUCACUCUUCUCGAGCGUAUCUUCGCCGAGUUCGUGGAUGAUUGCCAAAAUCAACAACCAACUGACCACGAUAACGACCUUGUUUGGCAACUUUCGGAAAUGAUGUGCUCCUUCUAUAUGGAUGAGCUCGCGCGGAUGGAUGCAUUUCGGCAUGUGCUCUGCGAGUACGGUAUCAUACUCGAUCCUUCUAUGGUUGGCGCGACACAAUGUACGACAGACGGACAUCUUACGUCCUCCGACGGAAUGUUUGUGCAGGUGAUACUGAAGGGGAAGAACGAGAUCGGAUGCGGCGCUGCCGAACCAUUCCUGGAGGCAAUGUUAUACCACCGCAAGUUUAUGGAAGAGUCAAAAAUGGAGAUAGCCAAGCUCUGGCUCUGUUUUGACAAACAAGACGUCCAUUUGCAAGUGAUGGCGGCUCGUACUUUUGGGGCUCUCAAAAUCGCCGUCGAGAAACUCACAAAUCUGUACUCCCGUGACAUUCCGACCGUCGAAUCCAAAAAUCAAUCUCCAGGAUAUCCUCAUCCUCGGAGUUAUUCAACCUCAACCAAUGGCAUUCAGGAAUUCUCGUAUGACGAGACUCAAAUUCUCAGGGAUCAACUUAUCUUCUUCGGGGAAACCGUUGGCGAUGCGGCUGGGAGCAAGAUAUGUAUCAAGUUCGUCAGGCACUAUUCCCCUGAGGCCCACAAAUUCUGUGCCAGCAAGGGGCGCGCUCCCAAACUUAUCGCCUACGAUCCUUUACCCGGCGGCUGGAAUAUGGUAGUUAUGGAUGCCCUUGAUAUUGAUGAUGAUAACUUCCCGCAACGGCCUGGCUCAUAUCGACAGCUCAGUAAGAUGGCUGUUGUGGACCGCCAGCCGCUGAAGGAGGCCAUCACCUCUCUCAUCCAGCAGUUACACGAUGAAGGUUACGUUCAUGGCGACCUUCGGGAUGCCAAUCUUGUUGUGAACGACAACAAAGACUUCAUGCUGCUCGACUUCGAUUGGGCUGGACCGAAGCAAGAGACCCAUUAUCCGCUACGUGUUAAUCGGACGGAUAUUCGACGUCCUGAUGAUGCGCGGGAUGGGGAGAAGAUUACCACAGAGCAUGACUUGGAGAUGCUAAAUUUGGUAUUUGAUUCUGAUGGUUGGAAGCCGCCUGCAAAGCGCCGCCGUGUAGAAGGGUUGGCGAUGACGCCUCUUUCAUAAUUCAUUGUAUCACCAUUCGCUGUAUC